CCGCUGGUGUUCAUAGUCACGGGUUGGAUCUGGUGCAGGCAAGCGUGAAUCGCAAGUGUUCCCGUCUGUAGAUUCAAUGAAAGAUCCUAGCCUGUGGGCUGUGUCUGCAUUUUGCGGUGCAUGCCGAUUCGGCGAACUCCUGGAUCACCCUAGAUCUGGAAGAGAAAGAUUGGCUUUCCUGGAUCUGCAUGCCCAUUUCUUUUACACGCACCAUGACCGCUAAUCGAGUGAGACAGCUCAAUGCGCACACCGAUGCCGACUUUGAUGCUUGUUUGGAAGUCCUGCUGGAUGGAUAUGCGGACCACAAGUUCAUGGUCGCCUGCGCUGACGCCGAUCGGGAGACCUUGCGACUCACUCAUCAGACAAGCUUGACAACGAUGCUCGCUCUCAAAAGGGUCUAUGUCACAGGGGACGAUGAGAAGACAAUUUCGUCAGUGAUGUUUGUGACGCCACCUCAGUCGCAAAGCGCUCCACCCAACUUGUCGGUGAUCAAGGAGAACCCUUACAAGGCUCAACUCGAGGCCAAGAUUCCAGACUACGUCAAGCAAUGGCGAUCAUCCAAGCUCGGCGAAGCAUACAAGGCCUUUUGGCCGGCGAUGGGUGGGAGAGAGGCCUGGGAUGCUGCCUAUGUGGUUUCCGCCAUCGCGACUAAGCCAUCGUCUCGUGGACAAGGCCAGGGGACCGCAUUGAUCAACCAUGUGAAAAGUCAAGCGCAGGCCGAGGGAAGGAGCGUUAUUGUCGCGAGUCAAAGUGCCUCGACACUCGGCUGGUUCAAAAAACGAGGAUUCGAACAGUUAUAUGAAGGGAGAAUCGAACUGCCGAAGGGCGGCUCGGUGCCCUUACUCGGUCUUCGGUCAGCAUCGUAAGGGUCUGCAUGCAUGACUCGUAUGUGACAGUGACCCAUGUGUACAUAAUGGCUGGGUAGAUUGUGAGGUCGGCCGUUCUGUCAAGGAGCCAUCGUCAGAGACGUAGAGGAAUGCGGAUGGAGCCGGAGAUGGGCGUGCCGC